GGUGAGUGGAGAUCAGCAGUCUAUGGAGGAGGGGGAAACUCUUAAUUCUAUGAGAGGACAUUCUACUCUUGAUACUAAAAUGUUAUUUAUCCUUGGGAUGUAGGGUGAAGAACCGAAAGAGCGAACAGCUAAAGAAGAAGAGAGGUUGGUGAGUGGAGAUCAGCAGUCUAUGGAGGAGGGUUGUCCUCUGUAUUCCCGGGAUUCCACCCAGGAAGAUCACACCUAUAAAGAGAAUGAUCAGCGUGAAGAACGGAAAGACAUCAAAGUUGAGGAUAAAGAGGAAGAAGAAGAGAGGUUGGUGAGUGGAGAUCAGCAGUCUAUGGAGGAGGGGGAGAAGAUUAUGGAAAGUAAACAGGAGGAAUCUUCUCUACAUAAGGACACAAAUGGACGCUUUGUUCUGAAAACCUUGGAAGGAGAUCCAAUUUUAUCUCCCGAUCUCAAGGCAGAAGAUGAUGACAUCACACAAUGUUCUCCAGGAGAAGAUCCCAUUAUUCCAACCGCACAUCACAGACCUUCCCAUCUGGAGGGAUCAAUGGAUCCUUCUAAUCCUGAGGAACCUUCUGAUGAAUCCCACACUAUGACUUCAGUUGUCCAUCUGAGAUCUCACAGUGCCGAUCAAUCAACACAUCCAUCCAAUCCCAUGAAGUCUUCUUUAUCUGAUGGAGAUCCUACAGGAGGGAGUUCCUCGCCAUCUCCAGAUUGUGAGAAACCUCUCACUUAUAAUAGAGCACCACCUAUACAGCAACAAAGUCCCUCGGGUGAGCAUCCCUUUUCAUGUUCAGAGUGCGGGAAAUGUUUCACUCAAAAAGGAGCUCUUUCUAAACACCAGAGAAUUCACACGGGGGAGCGUCCUUUUUCAUGUUCAGAGUGCGGGAAAGGAUUCACUCAGAAACCACAUCUUGUAAUACACCAGAGAAUCCACACCGGGGAGCGUCCUUUUUCUUGUUCAGUGUGUGGGAAGUGUUUCACCAUGAAACAAUACCUCCUUACACACCAGAAAGAAAUUCACAAGGGUGAGCGUCCCUUCUCAUGUUCAGAGUGCGGGAAAAGUUUCACUACGAAACAACAUCUUUCCGUACACCAGAGAACUCACACGGGGGAACGUCCUUAUUCUUGUUCAGAGUGCGGGAAAAGUUUUACUAUGAAACAACACCUUUUCGGUCACCAGAGAAUUCACACAGGUGAACGUCCUUAUUCUUGUUCAGAGUGCGGGAACAGUUACACGUCGAAAGGUGACUUUGUUCACCACCAGAGAAUGCACACGGGUGAACGCCCUUUUUCAUGUUCAGAGUGCGGGAAAGGUUUCACUUUGAAAAAAAUGCUUAAUUUACACCAGAGGAUUCACACAGCUGAGCGUCUUUUUUCAUGUUCAGAGUGCGGUAAAAGUUUUGCUACAAAAAGAUACCUUGUUGGGCACCAGAAACGUCACCCGAGGGAGCGUCCUUUUUCAUGUUCGGAGUGCGGCAACUGUUUCGCUUCAAAAAGAGAAUUUGUUUACCACCAGAGAUUUCACACGGGCGAACGCCCUUUUUUAUGUUCAGAGUGCGGGAAAUGUUUCACUACGAAUCACUACCUUCUAAUACACCAGAGAUCUCACACCGGUGAGCGUCCCUUUUCAUGUUCAGAGUGCGGGAAAAGUUUCACUAUGAAACAACAUCUUUUUGUACACCAGAAAAUUCACACAGGUGAACGUCCUUAUUUUUGUUCAGAGUGCGGGAAAAGUUUCACUCUGAAACAACAACUUUUUGUACACCAGCGAAUUCACACGGGUGAAUGUCCUUAUUCUUGUUCAGAGUGCGGGAACUGUUUCACGUCGAAAAGAGGCUUUGUUCGCCACCAGAGAAUUCACACAGGUGAAUGUCCUUUUUCGUGUUCAGAGUGCGGGAAAAGUUUCACUAUGAAAGAAAAGCUUCAUAUACACCAGAGGAUUCACACAACUGAGCGUCCCUUUUCAUGUUCGGAGUGCGAGAAAUGUUUUGCUGCAAAAAGAUACCUUGUUCAGCACCAGAAACGUCACACGGUUGAGCGUCCUUUUUCAUGUUCAGAGUGCGGGAAAUGUUUCACCGAAAAAAGACUCCUUGUUCAACACCAGAGACUUCACAAGGGUGAGCGGCCUUUUUCGUGUUCGGACUGCGGGAAAUGUUUCACUGCGAAAACAAGCCUCCUUAGACACCAGAGAAGUCACCUCGGUGAUCAUCUUUCUAAUGUUCAGAGUGCGGGAAAUGCUUUACACCCAAAGGAAAUGUAGCUGAGUAGUAAAUAAUCUGUUUUCAGGUGAAGUCUUCCAAGUUGAGUCUUCUACUGGCUUCUUCCUUUUUCUUGGAGACUUCAUCUUCUGAAAGUCCCGGCUCUCUUUCUGGCCAAGUUCGGUUGUCCCCAUUCCUCUUUUUCCAUUCUUUCCCAAUAACCAAAUCCAGUAAGAGGAGUGGGAGUCCCCCAUAAAGGUCCAUCGUAUAUACAGACCCCGACCUCAAGAGACGAAGGCCUACCAUGAGAUUUUAAUUACCCACCAAACUCCGAUCCUCCGCCUUCACCCGGAGAAAAGAGACGAAGGCCUACCAUGAGAUCCUCCGCCUUCAUCCCCGAUCUCAAGAGACGAAGGCCUUCCAUGAGAUUUAAUUACCCACCAAACUCCGAUCCUCCGCCUUCACCCGACCUCAAGAGACGAAGGCCUACCAUGAGAUUUUAAUUACCCACCAAACUCCGAUCCUCCGCCUUCACCCGGAGAAAAGAGAUGAAGGCCUACCAUGAGAUCCUCCGCCUUCACCCGGAGAAAAGAGAUGAAGGCCUACCAUGAGAUUUUAAUUACCCACCAAACUCCGAUUCUCCGCCUUCACCCGGAGAAAAGUGACAAAGGCCUACCAUGAGAUUUAAUUACCCACCAAACUCCGAUUCUCCACCUUCACCCAGAGAAAAGAGACGAAGGCCUACCAUGAGAUUUUAAUUACCCACCAAUCUCUGAUUCUUCGCCUUCACCCGGAGAAAAGAGAUGAAGGCCUACCACGAGAUCCUCCGCCUUCAUCCCCGAUCUUAAGAGACAAAGGCCUAACAUGAGAUUUUAAUUACAGACCAAACUCCAAUUCUUUGCCUUCACCCGGAGAAAAGUGACAAAGGCCUACCAUGAGAUUUAAUUACCCACCAAACUCCGAUCCUCUGCCUUCACCCGGAGAAAAGAGAUGAAGGCCUACCAUGAGAUUUUAAUUACCCACCAAUCUCCGAUUCUCCGCCUUCACCCGGAGAAAAGAGAUGAAGGCCUUCUAUGAGAUUUUAAUUACCCACCAAACUCCGAUUCUUCGCCUUCACCCGGAGAAAAGAGAUGAAGGCCUACCAUGAGAUUUUAAUUACCCACCAAUCUCCGAUUCUCCGCCUUCACCCAGAGAAAAGAGAUGAAGGCCUACCAUGAGAUUUUAAUUACCCACCAAUCUCCGAUUCUCCGCCUUCACCCGGAGAAAAGAGAUGAAGGCCUACCAUGAGAUUUUAAUUACCCACCAAACUCCGAUCCUUCUUCUUCAGCCGGAGAAAAGAGAUGAAGGCCUACCAUGAGAUUUUAAUUACCCACCAAACUCCGAUCCUCCGCCUUCACCCGGAGAAAAGAGACAAAGGCCUACCAUGAGAUCCUCCGCCUUCAUCCCCGAUCUCAAGAGACGAAGGCCUACCAUGAGAUUUAAUUACCCACCAAACUCCGAUCCUCCUCCUUCACCCGGAGAAAAGAGAUGAAAGCCUACCAUGAGAUUUUAAUUACCCACCAAACUCCGAUCCUCCGCCUUCACCCAGAGAAAAGAGAUAAAGGCCUACCAUGAGAUUUAAGUACCCACCAAUCUCCGAUCCUCCACCUUCACCAGGAGAAAAGAGAUGAAGGCCUUCUAUGAGAUUUUAAUUACCCACCAAACUCCGAUUCUUCGCCUUCACCCGGAGAAAAGAGAUGAAGGCCUACCAUGAGAUUUUAAUUACCCACCAAUCUCCGAUUCUCCGCCUUCACCCAGAGAAAAGAGAUGAAGGCCUACCAUGAGAUUUUAAUUACCCACCAAUCUCCGAUUCUCCGCCUUCACCCGGAGAAAAGAGAUGAAGGCCUACCAUGAGAUUUUAAUUACCCACCAAACUCCGAUCCUUCUUCUUCAGCCGGAGAAAAGAGAUGAAGGCCUACCAUGAGAUUUUAAUUACCCACCAAACUCCGAUCCUCCGCCUUCACCCGGAGAAAAGAGACAAAGGCCUACCAUGAGAUCCUCCGCCUUCAUCCCUGAUCUCAAGAGACAAAGGCCUACCAUGAGAUUUAAUUACCCACCAAACUCCGAUCCUCCUCCUUCACCCGGAGAAAAGAGAUGAAAGCCUACCAUGAGAUUUUAAUUACCCACCAAUCUCCGAUUCUCCGCCUUCACCCGGAGAAAAGACAUGAAGGCCUUCUAUGAGAUUUUAAUUACCCACCAAACUCCGAUUCUCCGCCUUCACCCGGAGAAAAGAGAUAAAGGCCUUCUAUGAGAUUUUAAUUACCCACCAAACUCCGAUUCUUCGCCUUCACCCGGAGAAAAGAGAUGAAGGCCUACCAUGAGAUUUUAAUUACCCACCAAUCUCCGAUUCUCCGCCUUCACCCGGAGAAAAGAGAUGAAGGCCUUCUAUGAGAUUUUAAUUACCCACCAAACUCCGAUUCUUCGCCUUCACCCG